CCCUCCUGUUUAAAGACUCGAAGAGCUCUGCGACCUCCUCCACCGUUCUUCUCAUGUCUCCAUAGUCAAGGAGUUUUCAUAAUUCAUCCUCAAAACGUCUUGAUAGCAAAAGCCCCAUAUAGUUAGGCAUAAGCACUGACACUGGAUUGAGUAGCAGCGAGAAGAAAAAUGACGAUGACCAAUUUGCAGAUGUAUCAUGACCAAUUUUCUCUGGAAUGACUGUUGGCGAAAAGCCUGCUCGUGGUGGUAGUCAGGUGCCUGAGCUAUUUGUCAUGUUUGGGUCAACUGCAACAUAAACGAUUUAUUGGCAAGCUUCUCCAUUGAACAAGAUUCAAAUUUUGUUCAAUUUACCUUUAUACGUGCAAACAUCAUCAGUCUCACCUAUAAUAGCUAAGCUUUACAACCACCUUUGUCUGCUUUACGUAUACUGAUAGCGAUACCGCAACAACAUAUAUAUGCUUAUUUUUAUUUCAACAUAUAUAUGUUUCAUGUGGUGUAGGAUCAUCUUGCAUCCGCUCGCGGCACAAAAAGAGUAUCUUGAAUGCUUGCUAAUAUCCAGUGUUAUUUCAUGAGAAAUGGACACAGAAGACUCCAGUAGAGAAUGGAGAUCUGAUAAUUCUUAAUUAUAUGAUGGAGAAGAACGUACCAUUAAGCAAGAAGCUAUGGAACAUCGUACGUUUUGUCAUGUACAUGUUACACAAAGGCAUCUCAAGGCAAAAGCUCCUCGCCGACUUUAACGCCACUCUCAAACGCGGCAAGAAUCUCAUCUUCCACAACCGCCGCCGCGUCCCAGCUUCCGCUACCGCCUCCACCGCCACGUCCCUACCGCGGAAAGAAUACGAGUUUAGCUGCAGCGACACUCCAAACUACUCAUUUCCCUUUAACAUGGCCGCCUUCAAGAAGAAGAGUCACCACAUUAGUCUCUUCGCGUGUGGUCACGCGCCACCGACCCUAGAAGACGACACUUCCGCCUCUAGAGCCGUGCUUGAGCUCCUCAGCGGUGGAGGUAAUCAAGAAAGCGGCUGUAACACGCCGGCUUUGGCGGCGUUGUCUCCUUACUUGCCCGGGGUUGGACGGAGUUCUCCGUCAGUGAGAGCUUUACGCGUGACGGACUCACCGUUCCCGUUACAGGAAGAUGGUGACGUGGCUAACGGACAUGUGGACAAAGCUGCGGAUGAGUUUAUAAAGAAGUUUUACAAGAGCUUGAAUCAGCAAAAGAAGAUGAUUGAGUUCUCACCUAAUUAAUAAAUCUAUUCCUAAAUAUUUUCUCUCUAUUCGGCUGAUUAUUUACGAAGUUGUAAUAAUAUUUUUGGUGGGAGGGUGGGAAUGAUUUUCUCAUUUCUUGAUGAAAUUCGAUUAUCAUGAAUAAAAAUUUAUUGAGUGAAAAUUUCCUACGUUGAUUUAGAAAAUGUAAUGGAAUGUUAAGAGACUAUU